AGCGCGCGGGAGCGCACGGCGGGGCGCGGCCAACGCUGGGACUCAGCGCAUCGCUGGACGCGGCCGGGCGCCCAUGGCGUUCGCGCUACUGCGCCCCGUCGGCGCGCACGUGUUGUACCCGGACGUGAGGCUGCUGAGCGAGGACGAGGAGAACCGCAGCGAGAGCGACGCCUCCGACCAGUCGUUCGGCUGCUGCGAGGGCCUGGAGGCGGCGCGGCGCGGCCCGGGCCCCGGGGGCGGGCGGCGGGCGAGCGGCGGCGCGGGCCCGGUGGUGGUGGUGCGACAGCGGCAGGCGGCCAACGCGCGGGAGCGGGACCGCACGCAGAGCGUGAACACGGCCUUCACGGCGCUGCGCACGCUCAUCCCCACCGAACCGGUGGACCGCAAGCUGUCCAAGAUCGAGACGCUGCGCCUGGCGUCCAGCUACAUCGCGCAUCUGGCCAACGUGCUGCUGCUGGGCGACGCGGCCGACGACGGGCAGCCGUGCUUCCGUGCGGCUGGCAGUGCCAAGAGCGCGGUCCCCGCCGCCCCCGACGGCGGCCGCCAGCCACGCUCCAUCUGCACCUUCUGCCUCAGCAACCAGCGCAAGGGGGGUAGCCGUCGUGACCUGGGGGGCAGCUGCUUGAAGGUGAGGGGGGUGGCCCCGCUUCGAGUGCCACGGAGAUGAGCCUGGACCCCUGAGUCAUUUGCUGCAAGCAGGACCCUGAGAAGGAGGCGAGAGGCCAGCCACUGGGAGAACAGGGGAGAAGACCCCAGGAGCCAAACCCAGGUCUCUUCUUCGUGUAGGGACCGGAGGACAAUGGCCUGGGCCCCUGACCCACUGAGCAGGACCCCUGGGACAUCUCCAUCCCAUCCUGGAGAGCUAUGAGGACCCACCCAGCCGGCCCCAGCCCUGGCUGGUCAGAGACAAGGCAGAACUUUUGGAAAAACAAAGACUCUUGGUGACAAAGGUUGUGUGCACAUCUGUACGUGAGUGUGGAUGUGGGUGUGUGUGUGUGAGACAGAGAAUUGAUGGGUUUAAAAUAAAAGGUAUUUUUAAGUAAAACAUGUUGCCAGCUGAAGAAGGAAGGAGCCUGGGGACAUCAGCGGUCAGAGGUGGCCCCUCUGCUGGACCCUGGAAGAGACACAGGUGUCACAGAUGCUCCUGUGCCGUGGAGGGGGUGGGGCUGGGGGAAGACAGGGGACCCCCCUCUCAAGAAGUCAAGAUAACCAAACUUUCCUCACCAUCUUGAGCAACUGUUGGGUGUCUGGUGUGGUUGGUUAAAAAAAAAAAAAUCUUAAUUUUAUUUAUUUUUGAAUAAGGAAUAUAUUCAUCCACAUGGUUCAGAAUUCAAAAGGUACAAGAGGGUGUGUGGUAAAAAGUCUUUCUCCCUCCUGUCGUCCAGCCACAGUUCUCCCGCUGCAUGCAGGCUCGGCCACUGAUUUUUUGUGACAUCCCUAUCCCCCGUGAAAAACCGAGCAAAUACAAAAAUAUCCAUAUGUGUUUCCUUCCACUCUUUACACACACCGUAGCACAUUGUACCUGCGUUCUCUGCUCCUGGCAUUUUUCCCCCUUUAAUCUAGCUUGGCUGUCAUCCCAAGUCAGUACAUAAAGGUAAAGGGUAUCUUCA